CUCAGCUCCUCCGGCUGUUUGCUGAUGGGUGUUUGUGCAAUCAAAGAUGAGGCGAUGAUAGUGCACAGUGAUCACAGUGUUGCUGUACUGAAGCAGUGAUCAGUGUCACAGUGGUUUGUCCAAUAACCGAAUGGUUGAAGGGAAGUCGCUGCUCUUGACCCUGGUGAUGUGGGACUUCCAGCACCUCCUGAAUGAUGGGAGCUGCGAGAAGAUUGCACGGCCUGAACGGUGGGGAUCUUUGAUGACGGAUGUUGCCUUCUCAAGGCAGCUCCUUCUGUAGAUACUCCCAAUGAUGGAACGGGAAUGUGUGUGUGAGUGGGAGAGACGUACAGAUCCUAUGUCCAGGUAGCAGGAGCGGAUCUGGUGUCAGAUCUGGAAGAAGGGACCGAGUGUAGUGUAUCUAGGUUUGCUGAUGAGGCUAAAUUGAGUGGAAAAACAAAUUGUGCCGAAGAUACGGAGAGUCUGCAGAGAGAUAUGGAUAGGUUAAGUGAGUGGGCAAGGGUCUUGCAGAUGGAAUACUAUGUUGGUAAAUGUGUAAAUGCUUGGGAAGGAAAAAUGGAAGAGCAGAUUAUUAUUUAAAUAUGGAAAAACUACAGCAUGGUACUGUGCACAGGGACUAGGGAGUGAUUGUGCAUGAAUCACAAAAGGUUGGUUUGCAGGUGCAGCAGGCUAUCAAGAAGGCAAAUGGGAUGUUGGCCUUCAUUGCUAGAGAGAUUGGAUUUAAGAGCAACGAGGCUAUGCUGCAACUGUAUAGGGUACUUGUGAGGCCGCACCUGGAGAACUGCAUGCAGUUCUGGUCUCCCAACUUGAGGAAGGAUGGACUGGCUUUGGAGGUGGUGCUCACCAGGCUGAUUCUAAUGAUGAGGGGAUUGGACUAUGAGGAGAGAUUGAUUCGCUUGGGAAGGUACUGACUGGAAUUCUGAAGAAUGAGAGGAGAUUUUAAAGAAAUAUAUAAAAUUUUGCAAUGGGUAGCUGAGAUCGGGGCAGAAAAGUUGUUUCCACUGAUAGGUGACAGUAGAACUAGGAGACAUAACCUGAAGAUUUGGGGAAGUCGAUUUGGUACGGAGAUGAGGAGGAACUGCUUUUCCCAGAGGGUGGUGAAUCUGUGGAAUUCUCUGCCCAUUGAAGCGGUGGAAACUCCCUCAGUAAAUAUAUUUAAGAUGAGGUUGGAUGGAUUUUUGCAUAGUUUGGGGGAUUAAGGGUUAUUGGGAAAAGGCAGGUAGGAGGAGAUGAGUUCAUGGCCAGAUCAGACAUGAUCUGAUUGAAUAGCGGAGCAGGCUGGCCGGGCCAGAGGGCCAACUCAAGCUCCUUCUCACGUUCCUACGUAACAAGACAGCUCCGCUAACUGUCCCAUCUUGGAAUUGCAGCGGCCUGACUUCUGUCCAGAGGCGGGAGUGCAGGAAAUAUCUCACGCCAGUCGGAUCGGCAGACUGGAGAAACGACAAGGAAGUGGAGCUGAGUUAAACCGCGGAGAGGCCAAGUUGAGUGGAGCGGUCCAGCCAAUCAUGGCACCCUCGUACUCGUUCCCGUUCCCUGGGCUCAGAACACGGUAGCGCUGAACUAACCCUCCCCUCCUCCUGUGCACAGCAUCAUCUCACCGCCCUGUGUGCUCAGCCGAGAGAGUGGGGAGCUUUUGAUCCGAAUCCCACUGGUCGGAGGGAGGAGGGAGGAGGGAGCAGCGAGCUGGUACUGGAGGGUCGGGAGAAGAACAGUCGCAAGAUGCAGAACCAGCUCCCUUCUGCUUCCAAACCCGGAGGCGAGUCGGGUUACAUUGUCUAUCCAUGGCCGCCUCUACUGUAAAGAUGAAGCCACAUUUCCGGUCGCAUCAGACCGAUGAACCGAGCCGUCGUCUCCGCAUCCAUGUCCGUCACGGAGAAACCCCGCGGCCGACGCCGGCUGGCAAUGGCGGCUGUGAGCGGACACACCCAACGAGCGGGUUUGCCCCCGUGCUUUCUCCACUUCACCCCUUCGCUGAACGUGCUCACGCAGUUUCCCAUCAGAUGGAGCCCGUCACUGCCAAGGGAAGGUCCAUCGCAGUCUGUGUGUGGUUGGUCAUGGUCGGAAUUGCUGCUGAUGUGGAGUGUUCUGGGCAGGGGACCAUGGCAACCCAGAUGUCGAACUCGCCACUGAUGAAUUCUAGGAAGCCAGUCUCCACCAGAAUGGGGGGAUGGGAUGGAAGGAAGAUGCUGAACUCCACGAAUGCGGCUGGGCGGUCAGUAGCUCAAGUGACGAUGGCAGUUGGUGUUCCUAUCGUUCUGGUUCUUGUUCUGUGGUGCUUGUGGGUCGGACGUUUGAAAACUCAAAUAUUGGCCUGGAUGGAGAUGCACAGUGAGAUCCCACUAUCAGCAGUGUUACUGCCUGCUCUGGCAGCACCCCAAAGACUCCAGAGGAAUCCAGCCCAGUCUGUGCAAUCUCUCCCCAGGACUAACACCCCACCCAGACAAAGUCCUGGUGAAUCUCCCCUUCACACAGGGGAUCCCUCCCUUGGGUCCACGGACCCCUUGGUUAAUGGUAUUGGUCCUCUGCAUAAAAUAAAGUUGAGAACCCCUGUCUUGUUGGUAAACACUUACUUGGGUUUGUCACAAUCAUUUCUCCCACAUUCACAUCACAUCAGUUGUUAUCACAUCAUGCCUGAAGUACCCUGUGGUUAACCACAAGUCACAGACUUCAAUUGGAAAAGCAUCCUCCCAGCACUCCCCUCUUUGUCUCCAAUCAUCUGCCAAUUAUCCAAUUCAACUUGGACACCAAGUGCCUUCUGGACUUGCUCUCCACCAACACCACCCCCUCCCCGCCCACAAACCAAUCAAAGACCUUCCCAAAGUGUUUCUGAGUAAAAUAUACGUCAUGGCCCUGGUCAACUUAUCCGAGUCACCACCUCAUUAAAUCUCAGGCAAAUUAGGGGGAGAGUGUGAUAGGAAAUGCUCUGUUACCAACUCUGUUAUAAGAAUUAACCCUAAUUAAUAAUAAUAAUAAUGACGAGUUGGGUACAGAAAAACAUGUAUUUCCUCACAAUUAACUUUAUUGGUUUGACUAACAAACACAUGGGUUGCUAACCCCAUUUCCAACCCUCCUGCUCUCGGGGCUGGGUUAGGGAUCAUCAUGGUAGAUGUGUUGGCUUUACGACAGUUAUUUAGUUUAUAAUAUUUUCGCUUAGUAAUUCAUUUGUUAGUAUUUUCUAGUUAGAAUUAGAAGUGUUUAAAGUAUAUUCAUUGCAUGUAAAAAAUAUCGGCAUGCGAUGACGUCACAUCCGGUUUCGCCACGUCUUGUGGGAAAAUACCGGUUUGAGAUCAACACGAGGGUGGGGGGCUCACCACGAGGCACAC